AUGUUGAAUUUUUAUAUUGACAGAGGUGGAACAUUUACUGAUGUAUUUUAUCAAUUCAAUGGAGAAUCAAAAGUUCACAAGUUAUUAAGUCAGUCGUAUUAUAAAGAUGGAGUGUUUUAGGGAAUAAAAGAAAUAUACGAGAAAUAUUCUCGUGAUGGUUCGAAUGUUCAGGUCAAUCAAAUUGUAAUAGGUACAACAAUAAUAACGAAUGCGAUAUUGGAAAAAUAGGGUCAUGAUUGUGCACUGCUUAUAACUGAGGGAUUCAGAGAUUUGCUCCAGAUAGGUCAAUAAACCCGACCUAAAAUAUUUGAUUUGACAAUGAAGAAGCCAUCAGUGCUUUACAAGGAAGUGAUUGAGAUAAAAGAAAGAAUAACUUAUGAAGGGGAGAUUGUGCAAUCACUAGAUUUAGAAUAAGUUAGAAUGGAUUUACUAAAGUUGAAGCAAUAAAAGAUAAGUUCAAUUGCAGUUGUGCUAUUACACUCUGUCAUCAACGAUGUGCAUGAGUAGCAAAUAAAAGGCUUAGCAAAGGAAGUAGGCUUUUGUUCAAUUUCAAUCUCGAGUGAGGUGAGUAAAGUGAUUAAAGUGGUUCCUCGAGGUUAAACAACAGUUUUAAAUUCUUACGUGAAUCCUUUGAUAUAGUUGUACAUCUAAGAAUUAGAAUAAGAGAUCAGAUCGUUGUUAACAAAUCAGAAUCCCUAGAUAUUAUUCAUGUAGUCUGAUGGAGGAUUGACAGAAGCAUAGGAAUUCAUAGGUAGUAAGGCUGUAUUGAGUGGUCCAGCUGGCGGAGUGGUGGCAUUGAUGCAAUCAACUAAGAUUUUUAAACAGUUGAAUAAGAAGGGAGUGGUUGGAUUGGAUAUGGGAGGAACAUCAACAGAUGUUUGUGUGUAUUAUGAUAGGUAAAAUAUCAAGGAGGAAAGCAUUGUUGAUGGAAUCAUAGUAAACACUCCAUGCUUUGACAUUAAGACAGUGGCAGCUGGAGGGGGAAGCUUGUUAAAGUUUGAGAAUGGAAUGUUUAAAGUGGGUCCGACAAGCAGUGGUUCAUAUCCUGGUCCAAUUUGUUAUGACAGGAAUGGACUGUUAAGUUUGACUGAUGCGAAUUUAUAUUUAGGGAAUAUUGAUGUGGAUCAUCUACCCAAAAUAUUCGGAUUUGACAAUAACUCAGGAUUGAAUUAUGAGAAAGUUAAGGAGUAAUUUGAGGCAAUGAGUUAAGAAUUGAGAAUGAGUCCAAUUGAAAUCGCUGAGAGUUUUAUUAAAGUAGCUGAUGAACAGAUGUGCAGACCUAUAAGAUAGAUAACAAAUGGAAGAGGACAAUUAAGUUAAGAUCAUUUAUUGGUGAUUUAUGGAGGAGCAGGAGGAUAGCAUUGUUGUUCAAUCGCAGAAUCUCUAAUGAUUGAUUCAAUCUUCAUUCACAAAUAUGCUAGUAUAUUCUCAGCUUAUGGAUUGAGUUUAGCCAGAUAGUAAAAGUAUUAAAAAAUCCCACUUAUCGAUAAGUUAACCAAUUUCGAUUCCAUCACUAAGGUGAUCAACACAUUUCAAUCUUAGUAAUAAUAGGACAUUGAAUAACUAAUAGAGUUACAUCUCAAAUAUGAAGGAAGUGAUUUCCUGUUGAAGAUAGAAUAUAGUUCAGAUGUGAAUGUGAUCAAAUAAUAAUUUGAGAUAUAACAUCAUGAACUUUUUGGAUUUAAGUAAAACAGAGAAAUUCUAAUCGAGUAUGUAUCUGUCACUACGAAAUAUGGUCAAUAGAAAGAAGAGAAUGAUGAAUUACUUGAAAUCGUAAAGGUUACAAAUGGUAAUAAUAUGAAUAUCAAUUAAUUGCAGAAACAAAUCUAAUAUAAAGGACCCCUUUUGAUUCACACUGGCAAUACUACAAUUAAAAUUAAUAGUGGGUGGUCGGCAGAAUUAACUAAAAAUGAGAAUAUUGUGAUUCGAAAGAUCACUGAUUAAUAAACUAUCAGCCAAUCAAAAUAUACUAAUAGCAGUUUAGAAUUAAGUAUAUUUGCUAAUAAGUUUAUGUCAAUAGCUGAAGAGAUGGGACUAUAAUUAUAGAAUACUGCUGUGAGUAUCAAUAUCAAAGAGAGAUUAGAUUUCUCGUGUGCAAUAUUUGACAAAGAUGGCAAUUUAGUGGCAAAUGCUCCUCAUCUUCCUGUUCAUUUAGGAAGCAUGAGUGAUGCAGUAAAGUGCUAAAUCAACAAUUUUAAUGAAGGGGAUAUCAUAAUGAGCAAUCAUCCGGAAAUGGGUGGAUCUCAUCUUCCAGAUAUCACCAUCAUAACUCCUUAUUUCAAAGAUCACUAAAAACUGUUCUAUGUAGCUUCAAGAGGACAUCAUGCAGAUAUUGGAGGAAUAAGUCCUGGGAGUAUGCCAGCAUUUAGUAAAUACUUAAAGGAUGAAGGAAUUGCAGUGAGAUCAUUCAAAAUAGUAGAAAAUGGACUAUUCCAGGAAGAUAAACUUAUUGAAUUGUUGUAGGAGAGCAGAGAAAAACAGGAUAAUGUUUAAGAUCUAAAGGCUUAGAUUGCUGCUAAUAACAAGGGAAUAUAGUUGAUAGAGUAAUUGAUAACUUAAGAAGGAUAUGAGAAGGUGGAUCAGAAUAUGAAAAGAAUAUAAGAAAAUGGAGAAAAUUGUGUUAGGCAGAUGUUGUAUGAUAUUUCCAUAAAGAAUAAUUUAAAGGAAAUUGAUACAAUUGAGUCUGAUGAAUACAUGGAUGAUGGAUCCAAAAUUAACUUAAAGCUUACCAUUAAUAGACAAGAUAGAUCAGUCAUUUUCGAUUUUACUGGUACUUCUCAAUAAGUCUUGGGUAAUACAAAUUGUCCAGUUUCAGUUACCAAAAGUGCUAUUAUUUACUGUUUAAGAUGCUUAGUUGAUAUGGAUAUUCCAUUAAAUUAAGGCUGUUUGAAUCCUACACAAAUAAUCAUUCCUAAGAAUUCACUGCUAAGUCCUAAUCACCUAUGUGCAAUCGUUGGAGGAAAUGUCUUGACUAGUCAAAGAAUAACUGAUCUCAUUUUAAAGUGCUUUUAAGCUACUGCAGCAUCUCAAGGCUGCAUGAAUAAUUUUUCAUUUGGAGGGUUUAAUCAAAGAUCAUAUUAUGAGACCAUUGGUGGAGGUAGUGGAGCAGGAGAUGGAUUCAAUGGAGAAUCUGGAGUCCAAGUUCACAUGACUAAUACUAGAAUAACUGAUGUAGAGAUUAUCGAAAGAAAACAUCCAGUACGAAUUUUAUCAUUCACUCUUCGACCAAAUAGUCAUGGCAAAGGAAAAUAUUGUGGUGGUGAUGGAAUUGUCAGAUCAUUCUUGUUCUUAACUAAGUUGAAUGUCUCUUUAUUAACAGAGAGAAGGGUCUUUCCACCUUUUGGUUUAAAGGGAGGACAAAAUGGACAGAAAGGAAUCAAUCUGUACAAAACUCAAGGAUAAUCAUUUCUACUUAGUGGAAAGGUUAAUUUAGAUGUUCUACCAGAUGAUGAGAUUUGGAUAUAUACUCCUGGGGGAGGAGGAUAUGGGUUUAUAUGA